AUGGCAGCAGAGCUGCGGUUCUUCCUGGAAGGUGGUCCGUUUGGCUCCAGGAAGCAGGCGUUCCAUUUGAAGGGGGAUGGCUCCUACAUAGAAAUCGGCCGAGCAAAGCAAUGCCAGGUGCGGAUGUUGCAGACUGGGGUGUCCUUCAACCAUUGCAAACUGAUUCUGCACAAAAAAGGCUCAGACAUCAUCCUUAAGAUCCAUGACAGCUCCAGAAAUGGCACUGGAGUUCGGAGCUAUCGUCAUUCAAAAUCUGACAAGGAUUACAAGGAAAUGCACAAAGGAGACGAAGAGGUUUUGCAGCAUGGCGCGCAGAUCUUACUGCCUUUCCGUGAGAAGGCCAAAGAGACGGACACGCGCACAGUCUUAACCAUUCUCUUUGACCUUCCAGACGCCUAUGACCCAUCUACCAACCGUGGACGGUGGAUCUAUCAGGAGAAACUAGGAGAAGGUGGCCUGGCGACCGUGUAUAAAGCACGGGAUGUCAAAGGAAAUCUUGGACAAGUGGCAAUAAAGAUCUCAAAGUUCAAAGGGCUGCCGGCAGUGCAUACGCAGAACCGCCACAUCUACGCUCUGCACCGGGAAGCUCAGUGGUCCCUGCAAUGCCUUCACAAUGAGAAGGACCAAUCGUACAAUGCCAGAGGUGCCAGUUUCUUUGUACGAUAUUACGAGGACCACACGGGUUUUGAACACUACUUGGACACUUUCGAUGACUUUGAUGAAGAACGAUCGUACUUUGAAGAUUCACACUUUGCGUGGAAUGAAUACAGCUUUGACAAGAAGGCCAGUGAGCCGUAUGUCGUCAUGGAGCUGAUGGAGACCAACGCCAAAUUGUUGCAGGCUGCGAUUGAUGGAAGCCCUCCAUUGAACCUGCUGGAAAAGAGGAUUAUUCUCAGGCAGUGUGUGGAGAGCCUGCAUUACAUGACCAAGUUCAAUGUGAUCCACCGCGACUUCAGAGGUUGCAAUAUCUUCCUCCAGAAUCGUGGUAACAAGUGCCACGUGAAAGUCAUCGACCUGGGCUUCAUGAUCUCAGUCGAGGAUGAGCAGAAUAGAAACAAGAACAUUGCAGUCCGAUGUGCUUGGAAAGGGCAGGACCCGAACAAGGUCCGCUUUGAUUGGUCGCCACCAGAAGUUCGAACACAGGCAGCCGUGUGCUGCAACUUUGGAAUGCCCGCCACCUCGUUUGAUGUGUUUUCUUUGGGUGUCCUGACCAUGAAGCUGCUCAAAGGCCGCAGCUGGACGCAGGAAGUCCUGAACGGCCAAGAGAUCCCGCAGAAGCUGAGCACGCUGGCAGUGCAGGUGGAGGAAUUGGGGUUGGCCUCAGACCUUUUCGUCAGAAUGCUGGACCAUGAGGACCCCAGUAACAGGCCGACGCCCAAGGAGUUGCAGGACGCCUUGGCUGCCACAAAGUCUCCUCAAAACUCACCGGUGAAACCGAAUCCAAAACCCGCGCCGAAGAGCAUCACCAAUCCGCAGGAACGACAAAACCAUAUUUGCAAGCAAAUCAAGGAACAGAUGCUGAAACAGCAGCAGGAACUCGAGAAGCGAACGCAACAAGAGAUUGAGGAGUUGGAAUUCCGGGAAAUCACCGAGGCGGAGAUGCACUGCGAGCUGCAAAGGCUCAAGCAGCGUUGGCAUCUCACUCGUGAGGAGCAGAAGGAAUGGCUAAGAGAGCAGGACGAGGAGAAUCGCCGGCUCCGUUUGCAAAAGAAAAUCAAGCAACAGCGAGUCUUGAGGCAAGAGGAACUACGACAGUCCGCAGCAAAGCGGCUUGAAAGAGGUGCCUUUAUGAUGACGCUGGGUGAACCACUGACUCCACCAAGCCCAAUUGAGAUCCCAGCUCGGCCUUCACUGCUGAAACGCCCCCGUGGCUCAGCCGCUCCCCUGAGCUCAUCACCUUCGCCCACGGCGGCCAAAGCGAUUCGCCCUCUGCCCGCGCCAGUUCCACCGAGCACUUCGGUGAUUCAGAUUGAAGAGCCCCCAGAGCCCCCAGAGCCCGCUGAGCCCGCAGAGCCCGAACCGAAGCGCCGCAAAGUCCGUGCGCCGUGGCCUUAG